UUUUGUGGUUGAUUGACUUAUUCCAUAGAUUCGUCAAGUUUUGCAAAAUUAUUAAUCACUUCAACUACAAUAACGUUUUCAUUUUAUUUAUUAUUCGUUUAUGUAGUAUUAAAGAAAUAAAUUGCAAAUUAACUUACUACAAGUAACUAACAGAUUAGUGUAUAAACGGUGGUCAAUUACGUUAAGUAAUUUUCUUAUGAUGUGUAAAAUAAUUUGUUUUAAUGAGUGUUAAUUUACUUUUGGGUAUCCCCUUUUGUUAUUUAUGACAAUUCUAUACGAAUGCGUAAAUAAAUAAACUAUAAAAAGACUAGCUCAUCUGUAGCUAGCACAACUAAUUUUGGUUAUUGGAAAUGUACUAGGCUGUUUGGAAAAAUAAUGCAAUGUACGCUCCAGAUAAUAGAAGAAAGGAUGCCAGAGAUGUUAUAUAUCGCAGCAAUUCAAGUCUUGACUUGAUAUAUGCUGAACAUCCAUCCGGGAAUGGUUUGAGACGGGAGUACGGAAGUCAUGGUUCAAUUGACGUAAUUGGAGGUGCGAACGAUCGUUUACCCGCGAUGGUACAUAGCUACAGCGGUGUGUCAGCGCCAGAAAAGACACCUGGUCUCAACCGCACUGUAGAUAGAAUUGCUGACGGCCUAACAACGGACCAUGCAGAUGGACCUCCAUCGAGAUCGAGUGCCAGCCCUAAACCGCGACUCAAAUUGAAUAAACUAUGGGGUGGCGCAGCACCCGUGUUAAACCGUGCUCCUCUAGAUGAUAGUGGUCUGUCAGCAGUAGCUGAUGUAAACAAGAGGAAGCAGUUUGCUCACUAUGAUUGCCAAUCGCUUAUGGCCAACUUAACCUAUGCUGCUGAGAUCCGUGGAGCAUUGUUAAGCAGGCGUCGAAAUACUACAACAGGAGCAUCAGCAGCUUCUUUGCUAGCAACUCGUGGGCUGCCUCCUGGAGAAGAUGCAGUUCCAGAUACAGGAGAUGGAAGAUCAAAUGAGUUGCUAGAAAGCUGUCCAUUCUUCAGGAAUGAACUGGGAGGUGAAGAAGAGCGAUGUGUGUCACUAUGUUGGAAGACUGCUCGCGGUGCUAUACUAGGCCAGUCAGGAGGCUGGCACCGUCCUCGCGCCGCUUACGGGAUUUCUAUGUUAGAGUUCCCUCCCGGACAAACACAUUGGCGUCACGGCUGCCCAUUCGCCAGAUCCCUUUCACCAUUCCCAAUAGAAAGCCAGGAUUUAGGAGCUUUGUACUACAGAAAUUAUUUCUACAAUCAACCUCAUCAAAAUUGGUUUGGCAUGGACGAAAAUCUUGGGCCCGUGGCGAUAUCUAUAAAGAAGGAGAGGGUGGAGCUUCGUCGUGGAGGUGGCGAUGUGUCUGCUCCCGCAUCACAGUUGGCAUGGCAGUACCGCCUCAUCUUACGCACCUCUGAAUUACUUACGCUACGCGGGUCUGUGCUCGAAGAUGCUUUGCCCACAACAAAACCAAGCAACAAUAGUGCUACAUACAACACUAAGGAUGUUCUGGAAUAUGUCGCUCCAGAGUUACAAGUUAACUGCUUGAGGCUGGGUAUCAACAAUGGUGGCGCCGAAGAACAACUUUUACGAUUAGAUGAACAAUGCGUUACAAGACAUUACAAAGUUGGAGUCAUGUACUGCAAGAGCGGCCAGUCAACUGAAGAAGAAAUGUACAAUAACCAAGAAGCUGGACCAGCUUUUGUGGAAUUUCUCAAGAUGUUGGGCCAAACAGUUAGAUUAAAAGAUUUUGAUAAGUAUAAGGCUGGUCUGGACAACAGAACUGACUCGACUGGACUGUACUCUGUAUUCACCACGUACCAGGGUUGUGACAUAAUGUUCCACGUGUCCACCAUGCUGCCGUAUACUCCCAACAACCGACAACAGUUGCUGCGGAAGCGCCACAUCGGCAAUGAUAUUGUAACCAUUGUCUUCCAAGAGCCUGGUGCGGCGCCGUUCACCCCACGGAAUAUCCGGUCGCAGUUUCAACAUGUUUUUGUUGUAGUUAGGGCUAUAGAUCCAUGUACAGAGAAUACGCAUUAUAGUAUAGCUGUCAGUCGUGCUAAAGAAGUGCCUUUGUUUGGACCUCCGAUAAAAGAUGGUGCGAUAUAUCCCAAGGGCGAAGCCUUCACUGACCUAUUGUUAAGUAAAGUUAUAAAUGGCGAAAAUGCUGCUAUUCAAUCACCAAAGUUUAGUACAAUGGCAACGCGCACGCGUCAAGAGUACCUGAAAGAUUUAGCGAAGAAUUAUGUGACUGCAAGUACUGUGGAAACAGGACAAAAGUUCUCUAUUUUCUCGUCGUUGCUUAUGAAAAGUGGAAGUAACUCGACAAACAAUACUUUGAUCACACGAGUCGAAAACUGUACGAACGACGUUUUAGUUGGUGGCGCUCUCUGUUUUCACGUGCAAGUACAAGAUGAAGGUGCAGGCGGUUCUCUGCUAGACUGCAUUAUGGGGGUGUCGGCUGACACCGUGGUGUUCGUCGAGGACAGUACCAGGCAAAUCGUACUCGUUCUACCUACCAGCUCGUUACUCGGGUGGGUGGUGAGUGGAGGUUGGACUCGAGUGUACUACCACCGCGGCGAGAGUGUGAGACUGCGAGGCGGUGGCGAAGCCCUACUGCGGCGGCUGAGCAGCGUGGCCCCGCCCCACGCCCAUACUUUGGCUGAGAUCACACUCGAGCGCGGCUCACAGCCUCAACUCGGUUUCCACGUACAGCCGGACGGGCUAGUAACAUUAGUGGAGAGCUCGGGCUGCGCGGCUCGGGCGGGGAUCAAGCGAGGCGCGCGACUGUUGGAGGUCUGCCGCGCCGCCGUCGUAGCUCUGCAUCACGACCAACUCGUAGAUCUCCUUAAAACCUCGGACCCUGUUACCGUGACGGUGACAUUCGCGUCGAGUACGAAGUGUCAGUGCGAGACGGGGCUGGAGGAAUGCGGGCUGGCGCCGGGCCGCGGGGACGCCCAGCAGCCCGGCCGGCCGCGCCGGGCGUACGAGCGGGGACACUCCCCGCCACGCUCCGACAGCUCCGGAUACGGGACAGGUGGAUCAUGUCGCAGUGGGCGUCGGUCCCCGCAGACGUCCCCGUUGCCCGAGGCAGUGCGGCGUCGCUCUCACGACGACGCGGCUUCCCCGCGACACAAUCGACACAAACGUGCCUCCGCCAACACUUCAUCGCUCACUGAGGAUCUUAUCCGAAUGAUGGACGCAGAGCUGGGUGAGGGUGGUCGAGGCUCUGCAGUGAGUGGUACAGGGGGCUCCGGACCAGGUGGGGCGGCGCCCCUGCCACUGCCUGACGCGGGAGCCCUGGACUGGGCUGCGCUAGUACAUACUGCCACGAGGGCUAUGCUUCAGAUCUGUGAAGAACAUCAGUACCCGUCCAUGGACAACACGGAUCCUUCAUUAGAGACCCUACCGAACGAACCUACCACCGACUCUUGGAAUGAUGUUAGUGCUACGACGGAGCCAGUUCCUGCGGUGGUGUCGGGUAGCGCUGUCAGUGCGACAGAUACGUGUGCGUGUGGUCUGGCCGGCCGUGUCGCCGCGCUGGAGAAUGACGCCGCCGCCGCGCAGCGACACCGACACCAACUCGAGGAAGAGGUUCGUCGAUUACGCAGACACAACGCACGACUUCGUGAGGAGUCUGCGAGAGCGGUGUGGCAGCUGAGACACUUCACGCAGUGGCUUAAGAGGACCGUCGACCGACAGUGAAACUACGAAACAAACCCACACGUCCAACAACAAAAUACUCGAGAAUACGUAUGGUCACAAAUUGAUUUAUACAAUUGGAGGGUUGUGAAUAAGCGUUAAAAUUCGAUUGUUUUUAACCUAAAGUAAAAAGCCUUACUUGACAUCUAACAAUAUUUCAUAUGAGUAGUAUUAAAUACUUAGAAACGCG